AAUGAAAUCUCCAGGAUUGUAACGGUUCGGCAUUCGGAAGAGAUCGAAAGGUGGGAUUAACGCGAAAGAAGCGGAAGCGGGAUCGGCAUGGACGUCGCGAGGUAGAAAGAACCGGUGGUACCGUGACUUAAAUGGAUCGCGGCCGGUUUCGCGACAGAUAGCUGCCCCGGUGCAAACCGCGAGCAACUGAGCGAGAUUUUCAUGGGACAUUGAGAGAACCAGCGGCGGAAAGAUGCGGGGCAGUCCUGCGUUCUUCGCCAUAUUACUGGGCACGAUAUUCGGGGUCCUCGGCGCUUCCCUCAGCAAAGCGCUCAGGUACAAAGCGCCGGACGAGUGCAAAUGGGUCGCGACCGGCGACACCGAGGACGACGUGUCGCUGGUCUGUCGUCUGAGGACCAUCAAUAGCGAGCUGGAGAACACCAACUUCAGCGUGAUACAGCCGCAGCACACCGUUCGACUGCGGUUGGAGUGCAGCGACGCGUUGUUCUAUCAGAGCUCGCUGAGCGCCGGUAGCUUCAGACCGCUGGUGGAGCUGCGGGAACUGGUAAUCGAGUACUGCAAGAUCGGUAACCUGUCCGACGAUGCGUUCAAAGGACUGAAAGAGUUGCGUAAUUUGACCGUGAGGACGCACAACACGGACUGGUCGGCGAUGGCGCUGGACGUGUCGGCCGGCGCGUUCACGGACGAGCUGCGGCAAUUGGAGAAACUCGAUCUGGGCGAGAACAACAUGUGGAGCAUACCGGAGGGUGCUCUGUGUCCGUUGGCGAAUCUCGAGAUCCUGAACCUGACGAGGAACCGAUUGCGGGAGGUGACGAGUUUCCGCUUCAACAGCGCCGCCAGAUGCCUGUCGAACCUGAAGGAGUUGGACUUGAGCAACAACAGCAUCGAAACGCUACCCAGCGCCGCGUUCUCGGGUCUCUCGCGGCUGCACAGCCUCGAUCUGCGAUGCAACGCCAUCGGCUUCAUGGCGGAUCGCGCGUUCGAGGGUCUCUCCUCGUUGGCCAUCUUGAGGCUCGCGGACAAUCGAUUGGCCAGCCUUCCUCCCGAGUUGUUCAGCGACGCCAGGAACAUCCAGGAGAUUCAUCUGAGGAACAACACGUUGAACGUGCUGCCACCCGGUUUGUUCGGUGAACUGACUCAGUUGUUGGUGCUCGAUCUGUCGCAUAACGAACUGACCGCCGAGUGGGUGAACGCGGCCACGUUCGGUGGCUUGGUACGUUUAGUGGUGCUCGAUCUUUCCAACAAUCGUAUCGCUCGACUGGAUCCGACGGUGUUCCGCGACCUCUACAGCCUACAGAUACUCCGACUUCAAGAGAAUCUGCUCGAGAGCCUUCCCGAGAACACGUUCUCGGCGCUCUAUAAUCUUCACACCUUGCUGCUCAGCGAUAAUUUACUGACCGUUAUCGACGCCACCACGCUGAGCGGACUUUACGUGCUGAAUCUGCUCUCGCUGGACAACAAUCGUCUGCACACGAUACACCCGAGCUCCCUCAGAAAUGCCUCCUCCCUGCAAGAGUUCCACCUGAACCGUAACCAGCUAAAGUCCGUUCCGGACGCGUUGAAAGCCACUCCCCUUCUGCGAACCCUCGACCUCGGUGAGAAUCUCAUUUCGGAGAUACCGACCGGCACGUUCGACCACGUGGCGCAGUUGUACGGGCUUCGAUUAACCGAAAAUCAUAUCGGGAAUCUGACCAAGGGCGUAUUCGAUCGUAUCAAGGAGCUGAAGAUAUUGAAUCUCGCGAUGAAUCGGAUACAGUACAUCGAGCCCGGCACGUUCGACGAGAACCUGAAUCUACAAGCGAUCCGUUUGGACGGUAAUCAACUGACGGACAUCGCGGGUCUCUUCACCAAUCUGCCGAACCUGGUCUGGCUGAACGUCAGCGACAACAAACUGAAAUGGUUCGACUACGCGAUGAUACCGACCGGCUUACAGUGGCUGGACAUACACUCGAACGAGAUACGCGAGCUGGGCAACUACUUCGAGAUCGAGAGCCAACUGCAGUUGAGCACCUUCGACGCCAGCGAGAACAAGCUGACCGAGAUCACCGGAAACGCGAUCCCGAUGAGCGUGGAACGACUGUACCUGAACGACAACCAGAUCUCGAAGGUGCAGAGUUAUUCGUUCUUCAAGAAACCCAACCUGACGCGAGUCGACCUGAAGGGCAACCAAAUACGCAACCUGGAACCGUACGCGUUACGAAUCAGCGCCGUGCCACCCGACAAACCUCUACCGGAGUUCUACAUCGGCGACAACCAAUACCUGUGCGACUGCACCAUGGAAUGGCUGCAACGAGUGAACCGGCAGAAUCAGAGUCGAGUGCAGCCGCGGGUCAUGGACCUGGAGAGCAUCUACUGCAAGCUGCUCUACGACCGGGAACACGCGUUCGUGCCGCUGGUCGAAGCGUCGCACUCGCAAUUCCUCUGCAGGUACGACACUCACUGCUUCGCUCUGUGCCAUUGCUGCGACUUUGACGCCUGCGACUGCGAGAUGACCUGUCCGUUGAACUGCACGUGUUACCAUGACCAAUCGUGGUCGGCGAACGUGGUGGACUGCUCGAACGGCGGCCACGCGAACAAACUGCCCGAGCAGAUACCCAUGGACGCGACGCGACUCUAUUUGGACGGAAACGAUCUGCGCGUGGUGUCCAGUCACGCCUUCAUCGGUCGCAAGAAGCUGAAAGUCCUGUUCCUGAAUUCCUCGAACAUCGAGAUCGUGCAGAACCGAUCGUUCAACGGACUGAGAGAUCUAGAAGACCUGCACCUGCAGGACAACAGGAUCCGCGAGCUGCGCGGCCACGAGUUCGAGGGACUGGACGCGUUGAAACAGCUACACCUUCAACGGAACCGAAUCGUCUCGAUCGGCAACGACACCUUCUCGUCCCUGCGCUCGCUGCGACUCCUCCGGCUCGAGAACAAUCGACUGACCACGCUGGCCGUGUGGACGUUACCGGGCUCGAUCGAGAUCAGCCUGUCCGGGAAUCCGUGGUCCUGCGAGUGCGACUACUUGCAGAACUACCGCGAGUGGAUCCGCGAGCCGAACGUUCGCGUGACCGACGCGUCCGCGUUGCGCUGCGUGUACAACGUGACGGAGUUCGAGGCGUUCGGCGACGAGGUGUUCGCGGACAACGAGUUCGGUUUCUCGGUCGGAGCGAACGGCGACCGCGAGAAAAACAACGACAGCGUGUGCACGGGCUCGGCCAGCAUCGAGAACGAGCUGCACCGCAACUACACGAAGACCAUCAUCGAGAAGCAGCUGCUGCAGGACUACCUCCCGCUGCUGGUCGCCACCCUGGUCGGCUCGUUACUGGUGGUGCUAUUGUGCAUGUUGGCGUUCGUGUUUCGCCAGGAGCUGCGCGUGUGGUUUCACUCGCGUUUCGGCGUGCGGAUAUUCUACAGGAACCACGAGGUCGAUCGGGACGACCGGGACAAGCUGUUCGACGCGUUCGUCAGCUACAGCUCCAAGGACGAGGCGUUCGUCGCCGAGGAACUCGCGCCCGUCCUCGAGAUGGGGAACCCCUCGUACAAACUGUGCCUGCACUAUCGAGACUUUCCAGUUGGAAGCUUCAUAGCGGACACGAUCGUCCAGGCGGUCGAGUCCUCGAGGAGAACGAUCAUGGUGCUGUCCGAGAACUUUAUCAAGUCCGAGUGGUGCCGGUUCGACUUCAAGUCCGCUCAUCACCAGGUGCUGAGGGACCGAAGGCGCAGGCUGAUCCUGGUGCUGGUCGGCGACGUGCACCAGCGAGAUCUCGAUCCGGACAUUAGACUGUAUCUGAAGACCAACACCUACUUGCAAUGGGGAGACAAACUGUUCUGGGAGAAGCUGCGGUUCGCGUUACCGGACGUGCCCAACAACCAGAGGACCACGCAGAGGACGAGGCAACCGCCGCCUGUCCGACGGCAGCACAACAACAGGACGUCCAACGGAUCGCGUACCGUCUCCGUGCACAUAUGAACAUCUUUUUCCCCGUUCAUCCAUGACCCGGUGUGCGUGUAUGUGUGUAUGUGUGCCGUAAAUGCUUUUUCCGGUGCGAUCGUGCGCGAGAAGUGGGCGUCGUCGAGGAAGAUUCGUACGCGAGUGCGUCUCACCACGGUGCAAUACGGUGUGUAGAGUGUAAAUACUGCGAGGAUACGGAUGUAUAAAUGUUGAAGAAGAACCGAACAAAGCGAAGUGCGCUCGCCGAACGUGAACCAGAGGAAAGUGUUUUGUAAAUAGCGAGGGAGAGAACGGCGAAGGAGAGGAGACAGUGAUUAUACGAUAUUUAAGGUGCUUCCUUCGUGAACACGCACGAGGGGAUACACGCGAGAGAACUCUGUACGUCCCCGGUGUGUCUGUAAAUUGCAGCGAGUCAGUGAGUUUGCUAGAUAGCUUAAUGUCGUUGUAAAUACGUUUGCCGGUUAUUCUGCGUCUCUAAGACUGUGUUUCCCAGUUGAUCGAGCUCACGGUUUAGUUUUAAACGGUGCGCGUUACCGUCUCGUCGAACGAGACGCGUUUCUCGUACCUGGACGCGUCAACUCUUUAAGCCUGGUUUACAUUGCUAAAUGGUAGAGUCUGGCUGGAAAAAUCUGCUCACUACUUUAUGGAAUACUGAAAAUCGUUUGCUCCAUCGACUAACUUCGAAUCUGUGUCGAGCGAUUGAAAUCGUCGAAACCUGGUUUGCAUCGGUAGAGUAGAAUUUAUCGGACAAGUGAUUGAUAGAAACAAAAAUGGAAUAGCGUACGGUAUAAUUUGCCCACCCAAUGUAAACUGUGUUCGAGAUCGAGCGAUUAGGAUCGGUUUGCAUCGGUACGGAGGGAAUUUAUUGCACGGGUAAUUAGUGGAGUAAAGCUAGCAAAAAUUUCUGCUAUUAUCCUGCUUAUUCUGCCAGUGUAAAUUAGGCUUAAAGUCUACAUUGGUAGAGCAAAUCGGAAGGUAAAAUUCACUUACAUAAACGAUUAGACAAGUGAUUGAUGGAGUAUUAAAGUUAGAAGAAACAGGCAAAUUAUGUCAGCCGAUAUUCUAUUAUUUACUCUAUCAAUGUAAACUAGGCUUCACGCUCGACGCGCCAUAUUGUACGAACAAAUAAAAUAUUCGUACACUAAUUGUACAGUAACGGAGAUAUUUAUUGCAUCACCAUUACGGCAAUAUAAUUAAUAUUAAAUGACUCGUAUACAAUCACGAUAAAAAUAAAUACAUGUUUUUACAUGAAACUGUGUUUUCAAUUACUCGGAAUAUUAUUCUUUUACUGAGCUACGUUAUUAAAAUAUUUCGAAUAAUAAACUGGAAAGAUAUUCAAAGGGAAAACACGAUAUUACUCAAUAAACGAUGUUAAUAUUUUUUUAAUAGUUUUUCAUUACAAUUUUAAAUCUUCGGCCCUGAAAAGUUUUAAACGACUCUAUCCAUAAUAACUUGUAUCAAUAUGUGCGUUGCCACAUACGUCACUUUUUCAUCGUUUAUUUCCCUUUUUUAUGGCAGUCGACGGAUUUAAUAUUCGAGUGAUGCAAUGAAUAUUCCUGGUAUUGUACGUCGUUCGAGGCUCGUAGAAUCGAACAAUAUUUGGACGUGGCCUCGGCAAUUCGUAAAGCAACGAUUCGGAAAUGAUUUUCGAUGAAACUGUCGAACACGGGUCAAAUUUCGUCGUCCAAUAUCGUUCGAGCUACCGAGCCAACAGUGAUACCACUUCCUCUAAUCGUAGCUAUCGAUGUGUAUUUAAUUGUACUUAGACUGGACGGCAAACACGACCCUUAACUGGUGACUAUGUUGCAAAUGAUUCUGCACACAUAUAGGUCACUUACAUUUUACAAGGAAUUUACACUUGUUUUAUAAAGAAUUGUUUAUCUCGUUAGUCUCGAUAUAUUGCCCUAACAUGGACUUCAUCUUGGUGGUUAAAACAGGUGGUGGAGAAAACAGUGCGAUUGGGUCAAAUACGACCUGGACUUCUUACAUUAAAUAUCGCAACUAAUAAUACAACUUCGAAUUAAAAAAAAGAGAAUGAAAUUUGAAAUGAAAUUUCGAGUCGUAUCAAUUGGUUGAACAGACAGGGUCGUAUUGACCCUAUGUCACCGGUUAAGGGUUAACGAACACGCGCUGCGUGGGCGUGACACGAUAUUUGUAAAGUAUUAAUGCGCGCAGCCUAUAUCUUAUUUAUUUCGUUCCGGAACGUUUUGGCGUCGGGUGGUAAAUCGUUCGACUCGAUGAAGUACCAUUCGAGGUCUCUGCUUGAAUUCGACGGUCCUAUUCGAUCGAUCGAAACACGAUCGAUACUGUUCUCCAAUCACUUCGAAUUUCACGGUCGAAUUCAAGGAGCGCGUCACGCAAGGAAACUAAAGUACCGCUAUAAAUAAUUGAAAUAUAAUGUACAAACGUGAAACAAUAUUCCCUUCAGCUUCCGUCGCAAGCGAUCCUCCUGUUUCGUAUUUUCUUGCAGACUAUUUUCAACGACAACGUGAAAAGAUAUUAUUAGAAUAAAAACACCUGUGACUGAACAAUAAA